AUGCCGAACGUGCAAUCGUAUUUAGGCUCAGGCGGGACCCUUCCCGAGCCCGACCGCGAUCUCCGUUAUCAAAUCCCUGAAUAUCAGCCGCUUCUCGGGGUCGUGCCCCAGUCAGAUGCCAAACGUGGUGACUCUCACCAAAUUCUCAUUAUUCUAUGCACUGCUUGCUCAAUAUUCAUCUGCGCUGCUCUCAAUGGCUUGCUCACGCUCAACAUCGCGCAAAUUGCGGCGGAGCUCAAAUUAGCCCCUGGCGUUGAAUUAUGGCCAAUGUCUUUGUUCUUCCUUGCACAGGGCUGCACCUUCGUCCUGGCGGGGUCAUUGACCGAUGUCCUCGGCAGCCGAAGGGUGUUCUUAUCAGGUUGCUUUCUGCAGACUGUCUGUUACCUGAGCAUCGGGCUUGCACAAAGUGGAGCGCAGCUCAUUGCUUCUAGAAUUGUGUCCGGCAUGGCAUAUUCAAUGUGCUUCCUUUCCUCAAUGGCCAUUCAUAGAGAGAAUUUGCCAGUUGGAAAAAUACGCAAUUUGGCUUUUUCCUCUACGAUUACAUGUCAGUAUGCUGGCCACGGUGUGGGAAUUUUAGUUGCUGGGCUCCUUUCAGUGACCGCUGGCUGGCGAUUGAGCUUUCAUUAUGCUGCCACCCUUAGCCUUUGUGGUUUCCUCGUCUCCGUGUGGGUCAUUCCCAAACAUGUUGAUGAUACGAAAGACAUUCCGUGGAGAGAGAUAUACGGUGAUAUUGAUUGGCUUGGGACUUUCUUAGCCACCUUCCUCAUGGCACUUUUGUUUAUUGCCUUGGCUGCCCUCACAAACCAUGUUGCGAACAUCUGCAAAUCAGGACUAUUCAUCCCCCUCGCCCUGGGGUGGCUUUUUUUGAUCGCUUUUUUGUUUUGGCAGGACUGCUGGGAAAGAGAAAGCACACACGGCAUUCAAGAUUCACUCUGGACGAAUGGCCAUUUCAUUUGCCUCAGCCUUGUUGUCUUCUUCGUCUUUUUCUCUUUUCACUCGUUCUCGCAACUUGUUGUCUUGGUUUUCGAACGAGUGCAAGGUCUCUCGGUACUUCAAUCCUCCUGGAGAUUCCUACCAGUUCCAGUGGCCGGCGCACUCGGCGGUCUCCUUACACGGAAGUUCAUACCCCGACUCCAAGCAAACAAAAUUGUUGCUGUUUCGAUCAUUAUGUCGAGUAUCGCGCCAUUUAUUAUGGCCAUCUUCAACCCGGAGUCAUCCUAUUGGCAAUAUGAAUGCUUUGCCGUUUCACUUGGUUCAAUUGCGCCGAGUGUCAUCAUUCUUAUCACUACCAUGUUUAUUGUUGAAGAAUUACCGAACGAGACCCAAGGUCUAGCAGCAGGAGUAAUCUGCACAGUUGCCAUGGUAGGCUCGUCUAUUGGCAUGUCGUUAGCAGGAUUUAUUUCGCAUGAUGUGACCACAUCGCAAAGUCCACCAGCUCGUGAAAGUGCACCUUUCAUGGCAUCACCGAGAGCAAUUAUGAGCGGCUACCGAACUACAUUUUGGUUUUUGUUUGCAAUGAACUUAGUCGGUCUCGGUAUUACCUCGUGUUGUCUACGGAAGAUUGGAUAUCUGCGUCGUACAGUUAGUACAACAUAG